GGGAUGCCGUACAUGACAUCUGUUGGUGUAUGUGUGUGUGUGUUAUUAGAAGAUUUUGUAAGGACCCAAAUGCAUAAAAUGCCAAUAAAAGAGAGAGGGGGAGGUGUGUUCAGUGAGUCUGAACGACCUCAACCUAUAUUCUACAGACUUCCACGGAAUACAACAUGGUACCGGAGCCCAGGUUCUCGGAGGCGAUUGUGGUGGCGACGAGUCGGUGCACGUGGAGCUGCUGAGGUGGUGCUCCGGCUGGACUGUAGCGGCGCUCGGUCUCCUCCGAAUCCGCUUCGUCUUCCUCGGCGGCGGCGGGUGCGUCAUCCUUCUGCGCGUGCGGUAGCAGCUGCUUCUCCUGCUCGGCCUCCUUCUCCUCCACUUCCGUCGGCGCUGCACAGCGGUCGUCCGCGCGCGAGAUCUGGCUGCCGGAGGACACCGGAACGGACGACGCCAAGGCGCUGCAGGAGAAGGCUGCCAGGAAGGCGGUGCAGGCCGCGGGAGGCGCCUGCGCCAAGGGCGGCAAGAACACCGGCAAGAAGUAGUCGGGGUCUUUAGUUCGCAGGAUCUGCUCGUGUUGGAAGAUCUGUAGCGGGUGCUGGUGAUUAGCGACGAGCGGCGCCGCUGAAGACGACCAAGUCCGUGCAGGCGGCCAACGGAGAGAGGUCUGCGGUGAGUGCAGCAAGGAAAAAAAGGGGGCGGCUCUGUAGGUUUGGCUGCUGUCUGGGCACAAGGCAAAGGAGGAGAAGAACAGGCAGCGGAGGAGCUGCAGGAAAGUGACUGGAGCUUCUGCUGAUUGAGCAGAAUGGGGGAACAACAAGGCAUUGAACAAGUCCUUGGGAAGCUGGUGGAACUGCUUACAGCGAAGAAAGAUGAGACUCCAUCUUCAAGCAAGGAAAUUGUAUCGUAUAUGGAACCUGUCCAGAAAAUUGAGCUAAUGCCAAAUGACAUUAAAUUGGAAGGCAUUAGAAACUACUUGCCGUGGUCAAGAAGAGCAAUGUUAUUACUGAAGGCAAAGAGACUUGAAGGUUUUGUCACUGGAGAAUCAAUUGAGCCAGAAGACAAGUCGAGCAAUGACUGGAAAACAUGGGAGGCUAUAAACUCUCUGGUGGCUGCAUGGUUGUUGAGCUCUUUAUCUCCUACCAUAGCAGGCUCCGUGGAUACUAUCACGAGUGCAGCUGGAAUAUGGGAGGCCUUGUCGAAAAUGUAUUCAGGAGCUGGUAAUGUGAUGCUAUUAGCUGAGACUGAGAACAGAAUUAGUACUAUGAAGCAGGGGGACCUCUCCUUAAUGGAUUAUGUUGCAGCUUUGAAGCGGCUGUGGGCUGAUGUGGAUCAUUUUGAUCCUAUUGAGCUACCACACACUGAAUGUGUAGUGUGGAUAAAGAAAUGGAUAGAAAAAAGAAGGGUUCUUCAAUUCUUGAGAGGUUUGAAUCCAGAUUUUGAGGCAAGGCGUGCUAGUAUGUUUCAUCAAUCCAGUCUUCCAAGUCUCGAAGAAGCCAUAGCUGCAAUGGCACAAGAAGAGACUAGACUGAAGCUGAUAAAAGGUGAUACUUCAUCUCCACCUCCUCCAGCUUUUGUGAUGACAAGGAUACAAGAAACUAGAACAUGCUAUAAUUGUGGUGAGCAAGGUCAUCUGAGUCGAGAUUGCCCUCAACAACGAAGGCCUUAUCGUGGGAGAGGAAGAAACAGUGAUAGACGUGCUAUGAGGGGAAGUGGAAGCCGUGGAGGAAGGAGCGGAGGUUAUAGAGCUAAUGUUGCUAUACCUGAGGGAGAUGAAGAUCUAAUUACAAUUCCAGCUUCAGAACUAAAAGAGUUGAGAAAGUUGAAGGAGAAUAAGAAUGACUCAACGUCUGAUGAUCAAGGUGCAGUGUCAACUUCAACUGAUAAUUUGGACCCAGGUAUAAAAAACCAUGCUUUAAUUUCCAUGAGAAAAUCCAAUUCAAGCUGGAUAUUAGAUUCUGGGGCAUCUAAACAUGUCACUGGCAGGUCAAGUGAAUUUGCAUCAUAUAAGUUAUAUCCAAGUUCAUAUAAGAAAACGGUUCAAACUGCUGAUGGAACAUUCCAACCCAUCAGAGGAGUUGGCACAGUAAAAUGCACACCAUCUAUAACCUUAUCAUCAGUAUUAUAUGUUCCUUCCUUUGGAGUCAAUUUAGUUUCAAUAAGUUCUUUGGUUGAUCAAUUGGACUGUCAAAUAUUUCUUGAUCGUGAAAAUUGUAUAAUUCAGGAAAGGAAGACUGGAAGAAGACUUGGAACUGGGGUUCGUCAUAAUGGACUCUGGUAUCUUGAUAAGAGAAGAACUGAUGAAGUAGUAUGUCGUGCACUAUCUGCAGUGGCCAGUGAAGAAGAAGCAAAGGACAGUACAUGUGAUGGAUAAUUCUAAAGUUCAGUUAAUACAAAAAGGUCAUGGAACUGAUGCAGUGUUCAGAGACUUGGAACCUCCCUUAUUUCUUCAUCCCUGCCCACCUGCGGUUAUUCUUGUUUCUAGUGCAGGACAGGAUGCUGAUCAUAUUACUGCAAUGGAGUUACUUAGCGUUGUCAAAUCUGCUGGUAAUCUGGCUGCAUCAAUAUUUUUGAAGCCCUUCUGCUUUGAGGGACAAAGAAGGCAAGUAGAGGCAGCUGAUUUGAUUGGCAAACUUCAAACAUGCUCAAACUUUCAUAUUGUUAUUGAAGCUGAUUCAUUGCUUGAGACGGAAGUGGAAACUCUUGCCGAAGCUUUGGAAAGUGCCAAUAAUGCUGUCCUGUCAACUAUUAGCAUGAUAUCUAUCAUGAUGUCUGGUUAUAAUAAGAUGUUCUGGAGUUCCCUUAAUGCACAAAUUAAGGAAGUUGGUCCUGAGGAAGUAGCCAAGCUACUCAGAAGCUAUGGGGAAGCUAGAGUUGGCUUUGGUGCUGGUUAUAACAUCCAGUCAGCAAUUAAGCAGGCUGUCUUUCACUGUCCAUUUCUUCGUGGUGGCAUAAAGGACUUGAACAAUGUGGUUUUCCUCUCCCUUACAACUGCUCGGGUGUUGUCUGAAAGUGACUUGAUCUCUAUUCUGCACAUCUUCCGUCGAGUUACUGGGUUCACCAAAGAUAUUAUAUUUUCUAGAAAUUCUGAAUCUGAUUUAGAGCCAAAACUGAUAGUAGUUUCUCUUCUAACUAUCCGAAACCACUAUGACGGAAGUGUUUCCACAGUACAAGAGGGAUUCCUUUCAAGUUUGGCCUUGCAUUUUCCUUUUAUAUCUUCUCUUAUGGGAGGAGAUACCCCUGAGCAGAAACAAAUUAGGUCGAAGCAUUCCUUUAAUCGACUGCCUGACAACAGAUUUAAUUCUGUAGAACAAGACGAAUUCUCGCGAGUUUCUAAUCGGUCAUCUGAUGCUACUGUUUCCAAAUCAUUUCCUGAAGAAUUUGAGGAUUUGGAAUCUGUGAGGAAUCAGAGAAUAAAGCCAGAAUCUCUGGAAGGUGAUCUGGCAGUUACUGGAGAAAUGAACAAAGAUGAUGACAACGGGCAUUUAGUUUCACAGCAGGAACAUCGCUUCUUGAGCAACUCCCCUGGUUUUGAUAUUGCACAAUCGUGGGCUAAGCAGCGUGUGAUGGCAAGUGGAAGCAGUAAAAAUGAUGAGCUUGAUGCUGUCGCUCUUCCUGUUGGUGUAAAACUUAGCAAAGUUCAGUCUGAUCAUUCUCCAGAUAUGCAGACUGAAACUCUUGGUGCUGACACAACUGUUGCUAGUGGACAUGCUGCCUUUGGAUUAUCUUUUUCUGAUGUUCGUUUGGAGAAAGUAAUGGACGUAUGUAGUUCUGCGAUCACAUUUCUGAGGAAUAGAAUGGAUAGGCCUCGAAAGCGUGGUUCAAACUCAUUAUCCAGCCGGGCUGCCCUGAUGCUUGAUGCAGAAAGAGAACCAGAAAAGACAUGGAGCCCCAUAGUUGAAAUACAUUAUGUAGGGGGAACUUAUAGAGGUAGAUGUCAAGAAGGUGUCCCUGAAGGAAAGGGACGUCUAACCUUCAGUGACGGAAGCUUUUAUGAUGGACUCUGGAGGUAUGGUAAGAGAUCUGGUUUGGGGACUCUAUUUCACAGUAACGGUGAUGUAUACCAUGGAACGUGGAGGGAUGACCUUAUUCAUGGAAAGGGCUGGUACUAUUUUCACAGCGGUGACCGCUGGUUUGCAAAUUUUUGGAAGGGCAAGGCUAAUGGUGAGGGUAGAUUUUAUGCCAAUGAUGGGAGUAUCUUCUUUGGCCAUUUCCGAAAUGGAUGGCGCCAUGGGGAGAGCCUGUUGGUAGAUGCAAACGGUUCAAGGUGGAUCGAAGUUUGGGCUGAUGGUGUACUUAUCAACAGAACUAAAAUGGAGAAAUAAGGUUCAGAUCUAAAUACAUUUUCCUGAUGUUUCUAAAACUUGGCUCCUCAGAUGGCUACGCUUCAAAGUCUCAGAUGUUGCAAGGCACUCUGGUCCGGAGCCUCUCUACUGUACACGAAGUCGUCCUAUAUUCAGUCUUGAAAGUCGUAAAUAGGUGCGCUGUUGAGGUUUCGAUGCCCUAAUUUCAAAGGGGCAGACUGCAGGCGUUUCUGUAUAUACCACUAGACUGCAAGUAUGGGAGGAUGCCUUUGUUCAUACGGCUGAUGGAUCAAGCUGGGAACAGCUAUAUACCCAACUGUACCUGAACGUGAAGUGUGUUUGAUUAGUUCCACUGAUAACCCAUAGAUAUUUUCUUGUCAAGGUUACAUGGACGAAACAGGCUCUCGUGGCCGUGCUCCUUUUUCUCCCCCCCCCCCCCCCCCCCCAAUUGAGUGCUUGAGUUUCCACGAAUGUGGGCCCAAACUGUAUCCUUUACCCUUUUUAAUGUUUCCAUCAAUAUUAUCUGCCCGUUGUAUUUCGAUAAUA